GUAACCUAUAUAAUUAAUAAUUGUAUUGAAGAAUAAGAUAACCCUGCGAAGAUUUUUGAUUAUUCUAUUCGCCUGCAACAAGCUAGUUGCUACUAAUUUAUAAACUGUAAACAUUACACUUCGGUGUAAACUGUAAUUAAACUCCAGUAUUCUUGUUAUGAAUAAACUUGUUAAAUAGUGCUUACUGUUUACUUAUAGCUUAUAAUAUUAGUAUUGGUCAUUAAUAUGUGCUUGUGCUAUUAGAUAGAUAAUAGUUAUUGGAAAUCCCAUUAUUGAUGUUAAAUCAUUAAUGACCAUAUUAUAACUUAUAGCUGAUUAGUGACUAUUAACAUAAUAUUUCAAUUUUUAUUCUGUGCUUCUAUCAAAAAUUGAAUUAUCAUGGAUACUCAAAAAACAUUGGAUAGUUUCAUUAAAAGUAGAAAAAGACCAACCAAUGAAGAUGGUUUGCAUAAAAAUGAGCUAUUGAAAAAUACCAUUGGAAUAAAUAAACCGACUAGAAAAUUAUCAUUUGAUUGUACUGUGCAGCAAACAGUUAAAAAACAAAAGGUCGAUUCUGAUAUAAUACAAACAAUUGACCAAGGUAAUCAAAAUGCUCCUGUUGUUGAUAAUAAAGCAGCUGAAAAUAUUUUGGAGAAAAAAGAGACUGAAAAUAAAAAUGAAGUUCGUUCUGAAAGAGAAACUACUCCAGAUCAAUCACCAUCAACUAAAGCCAAAUUACGUAAAGAAUUGGAUUUGGGCGAAUUUCGUAAAAUUGUUCGUCGUAAACAUAACCUUAAGAAAUUACAAGAAAAAUUAAGCUCAGUAGAACAAUCACAAAUUGAUCUUAAGUCUGCAGAAUCUAAAGUUGAAGCUGCCAAAAGUCAUUGCUUAUCUUCGUUUAAAUCAGUCGAUCUCUUGGUUGAUACUAGUCCAGUUAAAGUUGGAUCAAGUCCCAUAAAACGAUCUCAACUUAAACCUACAGCCUUAUUUCUCACCCCAGCACAAUCUAUGGUUAGUCCAAGAAAAGUAAUGAUGACCUCUCAAAUAACACAGCCCAAAGAAUAUGUUUCGCCUAGAAAGUUAUUGGAUGAAGUUGGAUCUCUUUUAGCUAUGUCACCAUCAAAACGAUAUGCUGCAUUAGCAGAUUCUAAAACAUUACCUUUGCCUUUGAAAUACCGUGUUUUGAAUGAACUAUUUAAAGCUUUGGAAACUGUAUCGUCUAUGAUGUUCACUAGAAAAGAGAAAAUAACAUUUAAUAAACUCAAACGUGGUAUUCAGCAAAUGACUCGAAAAAAUUUUACUGAAAUGCACUUGGCACAAAUCAAAACUGUUGUACCAGAUUUUUUUAAGUUUGCAUUAGUAAAAUCACCAAAAGAAAAAUCUAGUUAUGAGUUAGUAAUAACUCCAAAUUAUGGCUUAGUAAAUGAAGAUAACAUUGAUUUAAUUGAUUUAACUACUCAAAGAAAAAAAACAUUUUCCAAUGCACUACUUGAAAUUUUGAAGGAGCAUCAUAAAGAAUAUUUGAGUAAAUUAAUUCCACCUAUUGUGAUUGACAAAGAUAAAAUAACCAGAUGGCAUCCUGAGUUUGAUGUUGAAACAGUAGAAGAUAUCAUUCCUUCAGCAUUACCCAAAAUUGAAAUUAAUAAACCAAAAAUAGUAACUGCAAAAGAUUUAUUGGACAAAUCUCAUGCUUUGUUUGUUUACAAUAAUCGUUUAAACCGGACUCUUACAACAAUGAGUAAUGGAAAUAAAAAUGUAACUGAAAAUAAAUUUCCAACAACAGAUGCAAAAAAUGCUCUAAAAGGAGCACUUAAAGGGAUCCCUACAUCAUUUUUAUUGAAGAUUCAGGAAAAGCAAGCUGAAAAAGCUAAAGAAUUGAUGACACGGUCUGUAGGUCAAUUAGAUGAAGAUAGAAUGAUGAAUAGAUUACCAGAUAUUGCAAGGAGGAUGCGUACCUAUUUUGUACAACUCCAAAGAAAUGUUAUGCCGUUCAAAAAAGUCAUUGGUCAGUUAAAGCAGAGUUAUCCUGAAGCUAUGACAGAUGAGGAAUGGAAAGCUCACUUAAAUCUUCUCCAAGAAAAAGUACCUCAUUGGAUUGUAUUAAAAAACUUAGAUGGAAUUGAACACAUCCGAAUUGAUAAAAAAGUUGAAUUUGAAGAAACUGUAAUUAAAACAUUAACAAAAUAAUUUUGUUUUAACAGACAUAAAUUUGUCUAGAAUUUGCUUUAGUUUUAUUUAUUUACAUUAUAUACUUUUAUUUCCAGCCAUUUGUUUGAAAAAAAAUUUUAUCAUGUAACCAUCUGUUUGCCAAAUUUUUAAAUACUUUUUUCAAAAUCAUUAGUUUAUUUAAGUAAUGUUAAAGUAGUUAUACUUUUGAAAUAAUCUUUUUAUAUUAUUUGUUUAGUAAUGAUAUUACUUUGCUCCAAAAUGUUAUGAUUUGUAUGUUAUAUUUAUAUUUGUAUUUAUGUAUUUAUAUGUAGGUCAUAUAUAAACAUAGUUAUAUUAUAUUCAUUUAACAAAAUAAUUUGAUUUGUAUAUUUCUAUUGGUUAUUUAUUAAAUAAUCUACAUAUUUA